GAAGCGAGCGUGGCAGGUGCAGGAGCGGCCAUGGGGAACAAGGUGACCCGCGGGGACUUCGAGUGGGUUUACACCGAUCAGCCGCACACGCAGCGCAGGAAAGAGAUUUUAGCAAAGUAUCCAGCCAUCAAGUCUCUGAUGGGACCAGAUCCCCAUUUAAAAUGGAUUGUGUCGGGAAUGGUACUCACCCAGCUUCUGGCAUGCUACCUGGUGAGAAAUCUGUCCUGGAAGUGGAUUUUCUUUUGGGCCUAUGCUUUUGGGGGUUGCAUCAACCACUCCUUGACACUGGCGAUCCACGACAUCUCUCACAAUGUCGCCUUUGGGAACAAGAAGGCCAGGUGGAACCGCUGGUUUGCCAUCUUUGCCAACCUGCCUAUUGGGCUUCCUUAUUCAGCCUCCUUCAAGAAGUAUCACAUUGACCACCACCGGUACCUUGGUGGACAUACCUUGGAUGUUGACAUCCCCACUGACUUUGAGGGUUGGUUCUUCUGCACGCCUUUUCGAAAACUCAUCUGGGUGAUCUUACAGCCAUUGUUUUAUGCCUUGAGACCCCUGUGUGUGAACCCCAAAGCCAUUACAGAGAUGGAAAUCUUUAAUGCCUUAGCACAGUUGUUUGCUGACCUUAUAAUCUUCAAACUAUGGGGUUUGAAGCCAAUUGUUUAUUUAAUAGCAGGGACAUUACUUUGCAUGGGCCUGCACCCUGUGUCUGGGCACUUCAUUGCAGAGCAUUAUAUGUUUUUGAAAGGCUAUGAAACGUACUCCUACUACGGGCCUCUCAACUGGAUCACCUUUAAUGUCGGUUAUCAUAUGGAACACCAUGAUUUUCCCAGCAUCCCUGGAUCCAAGUUGCCAAUGGUAAAGAAGAUAGCAGCAGAAUAUUAUGACACCUUACCUCAGCACCAGUCUUGGGUUCGAGUUCUCCAGGAUUUCAUUUUUGACGAUAGCAUCGGCCCUUAUUCAAGAGUUAAGAGAAUAUGCAAGCUAGCACCGGGAUUUAAAUAGAUAUCUAUUAUAUUCCCAUUUAAUAGCAUAAUAGACUUCUGCUUCCUGCACAUAUUGCUUAAAUACACAUAAAUAUUUUAUGAAAAAUGCUUGUUAGGCUGAGAAAUAGCAGCUCAUAUGAUAUUUCUGCUCCCAGAAGAUUUUUUUUUUGUAAUCCAAAUAUUAAGAAAUGUUAUCAGAAGGAUUUUAAAAACUUGUACCAUUAAGGUAUGCAUCUGACAUCAUUCUAGGCAUUUCCAUCCCUGAAGAAGAAAGAUUUGUGCCUCUGUGCUCCAACUUAAGAGUUGGGGCACAGAGGCCGUUUUGGGUGGGUCUGGGAUUGUGAAGAGUACAGCGGGGGAUGCCGUUGUGUAGUCUCCGGGAAGGUGACUUAGAGACCACAGAAUCUAGGUAGAAGGACUGCAGCUCAGCCAGCUAAUGCAGAGGUCCCGAACCCCCGGUAUGUGGCCCGGUGCCGGUCCAUGGCCUGAGUCGGACCAGGCUACUGAGACAGACCUCCCAACCCCCCCCCCACGCACACUCACCCCUGCACAGCCCGUUAGCGGUGCGCGAGUGCUACCAGAAAGCCCAUGCGAGCACUGCACCGUUUGCGCAUGCACGCCCAUGCAAGAGUGCACAUGCUUGUUCGUGUAUGCAUGUGAGUGCAGGGGUGUGUGUGCCCCACGUUCCCCAGCUGGUCCACAGACUAAAAAAGAUUGGGGAUUGCUGAGCUAGAGCACAUACCCCAGCAGUCUGAGUUCAGUCCCUGACAUCUCCUGGUAGAAGCUAGGAAAGUAUCUUGUGUGAAACUCUGGAAAGACAUUGCUAGUCGGUGUUGACAACCGUGCACUAGAUGGACCCAUGAUUUCACUCAGGUGCCCGUGUCUGCACUAGACAGUUACUGCAUUUUGAUCCCACUAAAUGUUGCAAUUUCAUCCCUUGGAAUCUCAGCAUUUGUAGCCUGAUACUUAGAAUGAUUUGCUAGAGAGCUCCAGUGCAUUUGCCUAAUAUAAGAGACCGGUAAGGACCUCACCAAAAUAUAGAGUUUGGAUCUUCUGUAGAGUGGAAGCAUGGCAGCUAAAGUGAUAGUUGUUGUUAGCUGUAGGGUGUGGAGGCAUUCUCAGGGUAAUUGGCUUCCUAUUAUAUGUCUGGAGCCUACUUGAUUCCAGCAAAC